AAAAAAAAAAACAUAAAAAGGCCUUGGUGAUAAUAAAGAGGCUGUUGUUGAAGAUGCACUAUAAAUAUAAAGCGUAAAUAUCUCUAUCUCACCGUGCAUUCAGUGAUAAAAGUGUUAUUCUGCUGGAAAACGCGUUUGUGAAGCGAUGAGAGAGACGUGACGAAAGCGGAAUAUGAUGAUGAUGAUGAUGAUGAUGAUGAUGAGAACACUAGCGCGAGCUGAGUCUGACGACAGCAGAGUUUCGCCUUUCACUCGAAGGAAAAAAACGAGCAGGUCUUCCAGAAGAAGCUUCGAGCUCAAACGCCAUCGAGUCCUCGAGUCCACCACAGACAAACCGAGCGUUAUUAAAGCAGGAGCGUGUUUGAUUCAUUCUAAAGUCGCGUUGUUGAUGGAUCUGCGGUGACCCGAUGCGCGCACCAAACACCCAGAGCUAGAACCAGUGAUGGCAUCUUACCAUAGCUUGGACGAUGACGCAAUGGCUUUGAUGGUCCACGACACGAACGCGGUGAAGAAAGAAGAGUUCGCGAAGGACGCGCCGCUCCAGGAGCCGAGCUCGGAGAAGGUGGAAGCGUCUCAGAAGCCGCCUUACUCCUACGUGGCUCUGAUCGCCAUGGCCAUCCGGGAGAGCUCGGAAAAGAGACUGACCCUCUCCGGUAUCUACCAGUACAUCAUCACCAAGUUCCCCUUCUACGAGAAGAACAAGAAGGGCUGGCAGAACAGCAUCCGACACAACCUGAGUCUCAACGAGUGCUUCAUUAAAGUUCCGCGUGAAGGCGGAGGGGAGCGCAAGGGGAACUACUGGACUCUGGAUCCGGCCUGCGAGGACAUGUUCGAGAAGGGCAACUACCGGCGCCGGAGGCGCAUGAAGCGGCCGUUCAGACCGCCAGCGGCUCACUUCCAGCCGGGCAAGGCUCUCUUCGGCGGGGAGGGAUACGGCAGCUUCCUCCCCGCGCCCAAGUAUCUCCAAUCCGGCUUCAUGAACAACAGCUGGCCGCUCGCGCAACCGGCGCCGCCGAUGAGUUACGCGUCCUGCCAGAUGGCCAACGGCAACAUGGGUGCCAUGAAAGGGCUGUCAGGUCCGUCUUACAACCCCUACAGUCGAAUGCAAGCCAUGGGCCUGCCGAACAUGAUGAACUCGUACAGCGGGAUGGGGCAUCACCAGCACCCGGCGACCCCGGCGGCGCAGCAGUCCUCCCCGGCUCCGUCCAACUCCGCGGCCGCUCUACAGUUCACCUGCUCCCGCCAGCCGCCGGAGCUCUACUCGUACUGGGACCACGAGCUCAAGAACUCCUCGUUGCACUCGCGGAUUGACAUUUGAACCGAGGGAACGCGCGAAGGGGACUUGGAGCGUGGUCUGUUCUACGCAUCCGGUAAGGUAAACAGGGUGAAGAACAAACACUGACCUAAACUAUCUCGGUCCCCACAGAUGUUCUGGACUGCAUGGAUAAAGUUUUUCUUAUUCUCUAAAUUAGUAGUUUUUGAUGUGAUCGCUUCAGGAUAAAAGUGCCUUCAGUUUCCUGAUCGAAAAUUCAUUUGAGGACAGAACAGAAGGAAGAGCAAUGGCGAGGUUGUUACUGUGAUUUUUACAUUUGGAUUGUCAAACCAGCACUUAUUAAUUUGCAUUCAAUAAAUUUUGUUUUUGA